CUUGACGAUUGGCACUUACGAAUCUUUAAGGCAAAAAUCAAACGUUCAGAAUGGUAAAAUCGACGACCAUUGUACGCGCGACGGAUGCGCUUCCGCUUGCCGCCACCGUCGAUGAUGAGCAGACGGAGCAGGAACUGCAAGAACACAAGCAGCAAGCGAAGCUCAUUUUCCGGCGAAUAACACCCAAUUCUGAGCCAUUAUGCUCUAUUGAGAGUGGGCCUUACACUCUGCACUAUAUGAUUGCGGACAACGUCGUGUACCUUACGAUCGCGGACAAGUCAUACCCACGCAAACUCGCGUUCUCGUACCUCGAUGAGCUAUCAAAAGAGUUCCAGAACUCAUAUGGCACGAAAGUGGAGGGUGUGCGCAAGCCUUAUGCGUUUGUCGGGUUUGAUACGUUCAUGAGCAAGACUGCACGAUUAUACCAGGACACGCGAACUGCCAGCGCUGCGAGCUCGCAUCUGGACCGGUUAAAUGAUGACUUGCAAGACGUAACGCGAAUCAUGACUAAGAACAUGGAGGAACUCCUUUGGCGUGGGGAUUCUCUCGAUAAAAUGUCGCACCUUUCGACCUCACUACGAUCUGAAUCGGAGAAAUACCGGAAAGCGGCGCGUAACAUUAACUUCCAGGCAAUGCUCCGGCAAUACGCGCCUCUCGCAGCUGUUGCAUUUUUCUUGAUUCUCUUUAUUUGGUGGCGCUUCUUAUAGAUGCAUCGCUGGAAUCUGUGAGGCGUUACGAGGGACCUGUGUAUCAGGAGGCUCAUACUAUUCAACACGAGUAUUGAGGCGGCUAUAUGUACAUACAAGUACCCUGUUUUCUUUUCCCUGAGUAUAUUUUAUUUUCGUUCGUUCCUACUGCAUCUGCAUAUACAUACAGUACUAGUAUUUCACCUACAUGCUGUUCUCACGUUGACUUGUUACUGAGCAUGCGGCAUAAUUUUCUUUUGACAUGG